ACUUGGUUGAAGAAAAAUAAUGUACCGCGGUUAUACUUCACGAAAGUGACGUCACUUGCUAUGAUCGAUAAUAAUCCAACGAGCAACUCUCUCUCGCGACAGUCUUGAACCUGCCUUCACGAAAGGAACACGAGCGCUUUCUGACUUCCACGAAACUACGCGAUACUGUUCACAGAUUAUUACAAAACUUGGAUCUGGCCUCCAUGAUACUUCACGAAUAUUAAAAACGAUGGAAUAUCAAAAUAAUUUGAUUUUGCUGAGCUGCGUUUUGCUUUUCGCGUUCAGCGCGGUAUAUGCCAGCGCACCGACAGCGCAAACGCGAAAUGGCACAGUGGCGGGUCUGGUAAUGCAAAGUAGACGAGGAAAAGAUUUCAUCGGAUUCCGAGGAAUUCCCUACGCCAUGCCACCGCUUGGUGAACUCAGAUUUCAGGCACCGAAGCCCGCAGCCGCCUGGGAGGGUGUACGACUUGCUCAGGACGACGCCGCGAUAUGCACACAACGAAACGUCUUCGUAAAUCAAAGUGAAAUCAUAGGCAUCGAAGAUUGCCUUUACUUGAAUGUCUAUACGCCGAAGGUGCCAUCCGACGAUGAGGCGGCGACGUUUCAGCGUUUCCCGGUCAUGAUCUGGUUCCAUGGUGGUGGAUGGCUCGCUGGAGCAGGUCAUUCCGAUUUCUAUGGGCCCAAAUUUCUGCUGGACCACGAUGUUAUUUUGGUCACCGUAAACUACCGACUUGGACCACUGGGUUUGCUGAGCACGGAGGACAUGGAAUGUCCAGGUAAUGUAGCCAUGAAGGAUCAGGCGCAAUCUAUUCGAUGGGUGCACGAGAAUAUUGCGUCCUUCGGCGGCGACCCAAAUAGAGUAACCAUCUUCGGUGAAAGUGCGGGUGGUGCAAGUGUGCAUUAUCACAUGAUAAGUCCUCUCUCGCAAGGUCUGUUUCAUCGUGGAAUUUCUCAAAGCGGCACAAGUCAUUGCCCAUGGGCUUUUGUGAAACCGGGAUGGGCCAAGAAAAAGGCUAAAGCCUUGGCUGAACGUUUGAACUGUCCUACUGAAAGCUCCAAGGAACUGAUUGCUUGCCUGCGUACGAAGGACGCCGCUGACAUUAUUGCCACCGAUUACAUUUUCCAGAAGAACGAGCAUGAUAUUUCUCACGUAAUUUCACUGUGUCCAAUAACUAAGGUCUUCGGUUAUUGCCCGAUGAUACCCUUCAGACCGGUGAUCGAGCCCAAUCACCCAGGUGCUUUUUUGACGGAGGAUCCUAUAAUCUCCACGAAACACGGCCGCAUCGCUGAUAUACCUUGGAUGUCAGGGAUCACGUCGGAAGAAGGAUCCCUGCGAGUACCACAUAUUUACAGGGACAGCAAAACAGUAAAGCAACUGAAUGACGAGUUCAAGACCAUAAUUCCUAUCAGUUUGUUGUUCGAUGAGAGGUGUCCUAAAUCUAUGCACGACGAGAUAACUAGGAAGAUUCGUAAGUUUUACUUUGGCGAUCGCGCCGUCGACGAAUCCACCAGGCACGAACUCAUCGACUUGUAUAGCGACGCAUGGUUUACUCACGCCGCUUACACAUCUGUACAAGAUUAUCUCCACACUCAAUCUUCACCCACAUAUUUUUACUACUUCGCGUACAGAGGAAGCGCGUCCUUCAGCAGCCUAUUCGGCGAUCCUACUAAGGAUUACGGAGUAUCACAUGCGGACGAUUUGCAAUAUCUGUUUCCCGUGGGUGAACAAUUAUUCCAAGACACGCCGUUAAGCAAGGAGGAUCAUCGCAUGAUCGAUGUUAUGACCAGCCUUUGGUUCAAUUUUGCGAACUCAGGGAAUCCAACACCAAAGAUCACAGGGGAAAUCCCCGUAAAGUGGAAGCCGGUGAAAACGUCGAACGCUCUCGAAUAUUUGUACAUAGGAAAGUCAAAGAUCGCCAUGGAACAAGAUCCCCUCCCGACGAGAUUGAAAUUUUGGGAUAGCUUGUCGUUGCAAAAAUAUACUGGAAACGAAAUGGAACAUGAAAUUAAGGACGAGUUGUGAUUUAUAUCAUACAUAUUGAAA